UGUGAUCCUGGAAUCGACCACGCCAGAGGCCAGACUCCCAAGGUACACAUUUCGAACACGCUAGAGGCCAGACUCCCAAGGUACAUACUCUCGAGUCUUGACUCGACCCAUAAGGUGUAAAUGAUUCAUAUCGAUCAGUUAUCCGCUGCAGUAUAUGAUCUUUGCAUGCUCGGAUUCAUCCAACCGGGGGAGGCGUUUGUGGUGCGUAAUGUCGCUAACAUGGUCCCUCCAUAUGACAAGACCCAAUAUUCCGGAGCAGGCUCUGCUAUAGAGUAUGCUGUCCUGCACCUCAAGGUGAAACUACGUACAGAGACAGGCUCUGCUAUAGAGCAGCACUCUCGCACGCCGACAACCGAGGCAGCCUUGGAAGGCCUCGCGCCCGACGUCGCAGCCCCCUCGCACGCCGACAACGCCGCUGAAGCCACAGCCGCAGCCGCUGAAGCCGAGGCCGCCUUGGAAGCCGCUGAAGCCCCAGCCGCAGACGCUGUAGCCGGGGAAGCUGCCACGGGCAACGCCGCUAUCGUCGCUGUAGCGGCAUUCUUCCGCGCCGCUAUUGCUGGUCCUGUCCAACAAACGGUGGCCUACUCCAUCUUAAGCGCCUUGGCGGCCAACGUCGCCCGCAACUCCGCAGUCCAAGUCGGCGUCAGCGUCGCGGAAGUCCUCAACAACACCGACCAAGCCCUCGCUGCAGCCAACAACGCUUUAGAAGCUGCCUAUUUAGUCACCGACGCCAACGCCGCUGCCGGCGUCGCCGCUGAUCCUGAUCUUGCGAAUUACCUCGGACUUGAGGUUGAUGAUGACGCCGUCGAAGCCCCCUCGCCCGCCGUCCUCGCUCAAGCCGAGGCCGCUAUUGAUUCCGCCGAGCAAGUUACUGAAACCGCCGAGAACGUCAGGGGAAAUGCCAACGCCCUCGCUGAAGACGCGUUGAACAACGCCGACAUGGCUGUCGCCGCCGCUGAUGUGGGACUAACUAUGGCCGCCGCCGAUUUAGCCGCCACCGCGGCCGUGAGAGUCCACAACGCCGCCAUCCGAGCCCACAACGGCGUCAUCCAAGCCCGCACCGCGGUCGCCCAAGCCCAAAACUAUACUGAAGCCGUCGCCGCUAUCAUGGCCUACGCCGCCACCGUGGCCACCGCUGAAGCGGCAGCCGCUGCCGAUGAAGCCGCCUAAUGAUCCAGUCAGCGCUGAAAGAAAUAGGAUUUGGGAGAUAAUGACUAUAUCAAAUCCUAAUCGAAAAGUUCGUAUUCAAUUAGGGAUGUUCCUAAUCAGGUUUACUUUGAUGAAAUUUCAAAAAAAUGAAUAUUUUAUUCUCCUAUCUAAAUACUUUGUGCUAUCCUUCUUAUUCACAAUU